CGCCAGUGACGAUCCCUUGCUCCCCGCCACCCCCCCUCUGUGCAUCCCUACCUCUGCGAUACGGGCCCUUACUUGCCUGGCUGGGACUGGAAGGUAAUGGAGGCGGACGCAAACCAAGCCAACUCGGUCCUCAGUACAGACUCACAGCACGAUCCCUGCAAAAUGUUCGUCGGGGGACUGAGCUGGCAAACCACGCAAGAAGGUCUGAAGGAAUAUUUCUGUAAAUUUGGGGAUGUAAAGGAGUGCAUGGUGAUGCGGGACCCUGUUACAAAACGAUCAAGAGGAUUCGGCUUUGUCACUUUUGUUGACCAAACGGGCGUAGAUAAAGUUCUGGCGCAACCGAGACACGAACUCGAUUCUAAGACGAUCGAUCCCAAGGUGGCUUUCCCACGGCGAGCACAACCAAAGAUGGUGACCAGGACAAAGAAGAUCUUUGUGGGUGGAUUGUCAGUGAACACCACGGUGGAGGAUGUCAAGCAGUAUUUUGACCAGUUUGGAAAGGUAGACGACGCCAUGCUGAUGUUUGACAAGACAACUAAUCGGCAUCGAGGGUUUGGGUUUGUGACCUUUGAGAGCGAGGACAUCGUGGAGAAGGUGUGUGAGAUCCACUUCCACGAGAUCAACAACAAGAUGGUGGAGUGUAAGAAAGCGCAGCCUAAGGAAGUGAUGUCGCCGACUGGAACGGCCCGAGGUCGCUCCAGGGUCAUGCCCUAUGGCAUGGAUGCCUUCAUGCUGGGGAUAGGCAUGCUGGGCUACCCGGGAUUCCAGGCUGCUUCCUACGCGAGUCGGGGCUACACUGGACUCACGCCUGGCUACACCUACCAGUUUCCAGGUCCGUUGCUGCUGCCUCCAACCGCAACCCUUCCAUCAUCAGCUGGGAGAGCGGGCCAGACCGGGGUACAGGCCUCCCAGUGGCCACCCUCAAUGCUGCUCCAGGACUGGCCAACAGGAGCGAUCCCCCUCACCGCGUACGGACCAAUGGCCGCGGCUGCCGCGGCAGCUGUAGUUCGCGGGACAGGCUCCACCCCGACCCGCACGGGCGGGUUCCUGGGGACCACCAGCCCGGGGCCGAUGGCCGACCUGUAUGGGGCCGCCAACCAGGACUCGGGGGUGAGCAGCUACAUCAGUGCGGCCAGCCCUGCGCCCAGCACUGGGUUUGGCCACAGCCUCGGGGGCCCGUUGAUCGCGACAGCUUUCACAAACGGUUACCACUAAAGCAGAGGCCUGCAAAUCUGAAAAAGGAGGGCCUUGCCUGCGAGCACGAGGAUGGGAUGUGGGCCUUGGUGGAGCUCAGGCAACUUUGACCAUUUUACUGCACACACUGACUUACUACCAUUAACCCACCUCCCACCGCCCCGUCCCAACAACUGAAGAGAACAUCUCACUCCUACACUAACAUUCAAAGUUUACGCUUCUUUGUUUCUCCUGACUUUUUUUAAUUUAUUUUAUUUUAAUUUUAUUUUUAGCUUAAGGAUCGAUCAGUUUUAAGCCGUGUCUUCCUUUUGACGUUGUUGCUUAUUUGAAAGUGUUUAGAUGCAUACUUUUUAAGAUGAGAAUUUGUGAUCGUGUUAGAACAUUUUUGCUGAGGAACUUUUUUUUUUUUUUUUUUUUUUUUUUUUUUGCUUCAUAUCUUUUGACCUUUUAUUUUGCCAGAUCUUGUUUUUAAUGAGUAAGAGCUAAAGAGGGUAAUGUAAAACACUCCAAAAGAAAAUGAAAUCUUGUCUAAAUACAAUUUAUUUUGAUAUUCUUUGUAAAUGUCAUCUAUUAACACUGAAUUCCAGUUAGCAUGGAUCAAACAUCUGCAGGUCAAAAAUGUAUAUUUUGGUAAAAAAAAAACACUAUGAAUCAUAAAAGUAUUUUUUUCUGAAAUUGGAUAAAACGUUUCUGUAAAAUAUGUAAAUAGAACAAGCUGGAUUUGUAUUUGCCUUCUGCACAAAAGGUUCUUUUUUGAGUACAGUAGUAUUUUUCAGAAAAGGUUAGUUUGCAGGUGCCUACACAGCCUGAGGAUUAGCAAUACUGUAGUGAACUCCCAGCAAAAUCUUGUAGUUGGUGUUUUUAUGGGGCUAAUAUUACCGUAGGAUUGCUUUUUAUUCUCUGACUUCUCAUUUAAAUGAAGGACAUUGGUUAAAGAUUUAAAAAAUAUUAAAAGAUGACCAGUAACCUGAAGAGGGUCAUGAAGCUGCUAAAGAAACAACAUUUUUUUAAAAAUCCACAUGUAAACUCCAUAUCUGUAAAGGUUGUGUAGGCCGGGCCCUGGUCUGAACUUUGACCCCAGUUUGAGAAGGAAUGGCUGUCGCUAUGGCUACUGCUGUUUUAACCCCGGCUGGUGGCUUCCUUCAAGCCAUCAGCUUUCCCGGUUUUUUCUUUUAAUCCCGUCACGUCCGGACACGGCUGGCUUGUUCUUGUUUCCUCGCAGACUCUGGUCUGCGUGUGCGUGAGGCAGGGGGUGGUCGACUCGACCUCGGCUCCCGCUCACAGAGGUCAGGAGGCCGUCUCCUGUGGCCGAGAGGGAGAGAGAGAGGGUGGGGGGGGGGGGGGGGCGAGUCGUACGCCUGCCUGCUUACAACCCGCCCCCCCCCCUCUUUUUUUAUACGCCCGCAGUCUAUAUCUCCCCACCGGCCUGCUUUCAACCACCCCCCCCCACUCUCCGUUUUAUACCCCUGCAACCAUCUCCUCCCCCCCCCCCCCCCCCAUUACCCAUUUCUGCUUUCAGCCCACCCCUUCCUCCCCCCAAUUUUAUACCCCUAUUGCAUAUCUUC